UGUGUUAGCAACGUGUUGCUCCUCUCGUUUUUCACGUUUGACGAUUUUUCCAGUACUCACCCAGCAAAUUUGCUGUGUACUAAACGUAUGCGUAUCUGACGUGUUCAUGUGUAUGUAACUGAUUGUGGAACAAGCGAAAAUUAUGUGAAAUUGUGUCAAAGUGCAAAUAGAUAAAUUUUUAAGUGAAAAACUAAAAAAAAAACACUAUAUACAGUUAGUAAAACUUUAAAACCUGAUUUGAAAGAAUGCGUUUUUUGGCGGUCUGCAAAGAUUACCACUACAUGCAUAUACAUACAUAUAUUUAAUCGUCUCGUGUAGAACUUGCGUGAGUGUGCGUGCCACGAUUUUCGCCUAGGAGCAAUGCAACAAGUUUUGAUUAUUAUUAACUAUGCCGGCAACGAAAAACAUUAAAUAUUAACAUUCAUGAAAUAAAUUUCUCCAACAAAGUGAAUAAAUUUCGUUACGGUACUAAUGUCGUCAUCAUACAUAUGCAAAUUAUAUUAUUGUGCAAAAGUGCAAAUAAAGCAUACAUAAAUAAAAAAUAAUUCGCGAGCGAGACAAGCGAGCGGCGUUAUUGAACCCCGAAGCAACAGUAAGAACAACCACAAAAAAAAAAACACUCAAAAUCUAUGUAUAAAACUCAAUUUAAAUUUUGUCGCGGCUGGUUGUAUGUGAAUAUUCCGAAAAAUGCCGAUUGACAGCUGUUGCUGAAAAUUACAUCAACUGUUUACAAAGAGGAAAUAUACAUAAGUAAAUAAAAGUUAAAUUACAUGCAACAAAAGCAAACAAUAACAACAACAAAAAAAGAAAACAGAACAAACAAGUGCAAAAAUAAAUAAAAUAAAAUAUAUUUAUGUACAACCCGCCCACAGUAAAGCGUGCCCCACCUCUAGAAGCGUACACAUCGCAAGCAACAAGUAAAUAAACUUUGAAAGCUUGAACGUGUUUUGCAUUCAAACGUGCUAUUAGCUCAAUACAAGCGUGCAAACAGUUACUAGGUCUAAGAAAGCAAUCAAUCAACUAUUCAACCAACCCACCAAAUUUCCCACUUACAACAACAACCACAACAACAACACCAACAACAACAUCAACUCAACUAGGACUCAUUUCACGCCACUUUCUGCUCAAAUCAACGCAUCACCACACCCCAUCAUCUGCCAAACAAGUCCUUCAAGCGCAAGUGGUGUUCAAUCUCAAAAUGUGGCCGUCUCACUGUCAACGGCGGCUUAUGCUGCUUGCCAUCAUGUUCGCCUGCCUUGCCUGCCUCAUUGCGCCGGUAGCGUCACGUUCGCGUGACAAAGAGGGCCGUCGACGUAGCGAUCGCCUCUCAGCUGCCUCUUCCACCUCCGCGUCCACCUACUACAACAGCAAUUAUGCGGGCGUAUCCUCCGCUGCCACCAGCUCAUAUACGGGCCCCAUGGAUGCGACCGGCUUUUGUGUGCGUCGCCGUGACAUGAAAUUGAUGUGCUAUUGCACACCUGAUGAGAAUCAUGUGCCCGUACAAAAGGCAGAGUGUUGGGUGUUCUCCGAUAUUUUGCUGCAGAAUGAUACCACUUGGUCGCGUUUCUUUCAGCAGAAGCGCUUGCGUGAAUUGAAAUUUGUUAUACAAAAUCAUGGCCGACUUGAUUAUAUACCCACAAUGGUAUUUGAGUCGUUAAAGAAUUUGUCCAGCAUAAUUAUCGAGUAUUCGCAAGUGGAUGUGGUGAAGAGUAAUGCAUUUGCUAAUCUACCCUACCUGGAGCGUAUCAUAUUGACGAAUAAUCAUAUUGUGGCAUUGGCUCAAGAUGCCUUCGCCAAUCAUAUACGCUUGCGUGAAUUGAAUUUGGAACACAAUCAAAUCUAUGAAAUCGAUCGUCAUGCUUUCCACAAUUUGCCACAAUGUGAACGUCUUUUCUUGAACAACAACAAUAUCUCUAGCUUGCAUGACAGCCUCUUUGUGGAGAUGCCACAUUUGAUAUACUUGAAUUUGGCUUACAAUCAAAUUUCCGUGUUGACCAGUGAUAUCUUUAAGGGACUGGGUAACCUGAAUGUGCUGAAAUUGUCGCAUAAUAAUAUCAACUUCAUUGGCGAUACUGUAUUUGCGGAGUUGUGGAUUUUGUCGGAGUUGGAAUUGGACGACAAUCGAAUUGAGCGCAUUUCGGAACGUGCUCUCGACGGCUUGAAUACUCUCAAAACGCUGAAUCUGCGAAAUAAUUUGCUAAAGAAACUUGACAACGGCUUGCUACGUGGCACACCAGCACUUCUGUCGAUCAACGUACAAAGCAACGAUUUGGAAACUUUGACAUUUUAUACAUUCCAGCCAAUUAUGGAUAAUUUGGUCAACAGUACAAGUGAACUGCUGCUGUCAGACAAUAAUUUCGUUUGCGAUUGCCGCCUCCAAUGGAUAUUCGAAUUGAAAAAUCGUACACGCUUCAUGCAGCUGCGUGACUCGCUCGAAGAUUUCGUCUGCACACUGCACGAUCCGAAAGUGUCCAACUUCAUUGAACCCGUACCAAAUCACAUUUUAGACCUAUUGAACAUCGGUUCCAGCUACAAUAGUGCCGAAUUGCAUCUGAGUGGCAGCAGUAGUGGGCGCAAACGGUUCUCCAAGGUACGUCAAAGUGGCACACAGCGUGCCAUGGGUGGUGGUGGUGGUGUUGGCGUCAACAAUGGACAGCGACUGGGGCAAGUGCAAUUAACCGCCGACGCCGUCGAUGGUGUUGCUGUUGGUGUGGGCGAUGAUGCCGCCAUCGCUGCCGCCGCCGCCGCCGUCGCUAUCGUCAACGCAGCCGAAAAUAGCGCACACAUAUUGACACUAAGCAAACGUUCAAUUGUUGACAAAGAGGGCGUAAUUGUAGCCGCCGCCGCCGCCGCCAGCAGUCAACCUGAAGUGUAUAACGAUGCAUUCUUGGCCGCAUCGGGCAUACCAGACGCCGCCACAGCCAACAUAAUUGGUGAAAAGAAAAAGAAAUCUAUUGCGCCUGCCCAAUUGCGCGAUGAUUACUACGAUGAAGCCGUCAGUGUGAGUGGCAGCAAUGCCGCGCCCCAAGGUCUCUUGAUGGCGCAACAAGUGGAAUUGGGCGAUGGCUUGGAUGCGCUCAAACAGAAUGCUUUGUACAAUCAACAAACCAAUGACGUAGUCGGCAUGACCAAUACCAUCACCGAGCAUGCAAGUGGUGGCAAGCCACAGCCGCUGGGCAUUAAGGUGCGCCUCUUCACGCUGAAGCCAGAGCGACUGCCGUGCCACGAUGAAUUGAGCGAUCCGACAGAGUUGCCAUUGUCGCGCGAUCUCAUGGAUGUGCGCAGCAAUCAGGCGCAGAGUAAUAUGUCAUCGGGCAGCUAUGGCUUGACAAUGGCUACGACGUCACUGGCAGGCGUGGCGGCGAUAAUGUUGCGCUUCAGCUGCAGACGGCGAAUCGGUUAAGAGCGGCAUGCGUGCAUAGGGUGCGGCGGGUGCGGUGGGUAUAAGAUAUUUUUAAAUGUAGGUGCGUUUACGGAGAUAUUGCGGAGAAAUUCGGAAGAAAACAAUAACUAAACACAAUUCUCACUUUUUUUUUAGUAAGUUUAGUUUUUUAUUCAGAUUUUUGCCUACCUAUAUUAAAAUUAAGGAAGGUUAAAAAAAAAAUAUUAAAUGCAACGAUUUUUAAGUGUUUUUAUAUACGUACGUAAUAUUGCUUAUUUUGUUGUGUGAAAAGAUCUCUGUAAUUUUCAAUGCAUUUGAAAGCGCAAACUAGACUUUUAGCGACACUGUAAAUAAAAAACAGAAAACAUUUCGAAAAUAAUUAAUACAAAACUAAAGUAAAACAAAAACAACAUGCCUGUUGCUACUGUAGAAAAACAAGCUUAAGGAAUCUGAGUAAUCUAAGGAAAAAAGAGCAGGCAGUAAUAAAACGUAGUUAGCUUAUGAUUGUAUAUAAAAACUAAUAAAAAUGCAAGAAAUGCGCUAAAAAAAAAUUUUAAAAAAAAUAUAUAAAAAUUAAAGU